AUGCGGUCGAUAUCAGUCGUCACGACAGCAUUACUGUCGCUCGCCUCCUUCGUCGCAGCACAUAACAUCCAAUUGAUGGGUCAUUCGCGAGAAUGUUUUCACGAGAAUCUACAUCGAGACGAUAAAAUGACCGUCACUUUCCAAGUCGGUGAUCGGGAGUUUGGUGGUGCUGGCAAUUUGGAUAUUGAUUUCUGGAUCCAAGAUCCCUCCGGAAACCUCAAAAUUAACGAACUCCACACCUCCAUGGGCGACCACUCCUUCACCGCCCACGAAGAUGGAAAAUACACCUAUUGUUUCUCAAACGAAGGCUCAUCCGUCUCCUCCAAGGAAGUCUCCUUCAACGUUCACGGUGUAGUCUACGUCGCCGAAGAAGACCAUCCAUCCGACCCUCUCGAAAAGGAAGUCCGACUCCUAGCCGAGAACCUAAACGCCGUCAAGGACGAGCAGGAAUACAUCGUUUUGAGAGAAAGAGUCCACAGGAAUACCGCCGAAAGUACAAACGAUAGGGUUAAGUGGUGGAGUAUCUGUCAGUUGUUUGUUUUGGUUGGGAACUGUAUCUUCCAGGUUUUCUAUCUCAAGAGGUUCUUUGAGAUUAAGAGGGUCGUUUAA